CCUCAUGCAAUAGGAUCUUUCUUUGUUGAUGGUUACCUGAGUAACACGUUUUUGUUAGCGAUACCGUUUGUUAGUGCGGCGAUGAUAAGUGUCUAGUGAACUAUUGUUUUUGCAAGCUGGCAACUCACAUGGCUCUGGGAUUGAGCUCGGGGCUCUGCUCCGGGAGCACCGGGCCCGGAUCCGGAGGACAUUCGGAGACAUCCUCGUCUCCAGGAAUCAGUGUCCCUAUCCCGGUAGCUCCGGCACCGAUGCUUCCUAAUCCCAUGUUUGCGCUACCGACACUGAACUUUACCGUCUCCCAAGUGGCUGCCGUGUGCGAAACUCUCGAAGAAAGUGGUGAUAUCGAAAGACUCGCGAGGUUCUUGUGGUCACUCCCUGUCGCACAUCCCAACAUCAGUGAACUCAACAAAAACGAAGCCGUUUUAAGAGCAAGAGCUAUAGUAUCUUUCCACAGCGGAAAUUUUAGAGAACUCUAUUCAAUUUUAGAAUCGCACAAGUUUACCAAAGGUUCCCACGGCAAGCUCCAGGCCAUGUGGCUGGAGGCGCACUACCAAGAGGCGGAAAAAUUACGCGGCAGGGCUCUGGGACCCGUCGACAAGUACCGUGUUCGGAAAAAGUUUCCGUUGCCACGUACCAUCUGGGACGGUGAACAAAAGACUCAUUGUUUUAAAGAGAGGACUAGAAGUUUGUUACGCGAAUGGUAUCUCCAAGAUCCCUAUCCGAACCCGACCAAGAAACGAGAACUGGCUCAAGCGACGGGACUCACUCCUACCCAGGUUGGGAACUGGUUCAAGAACCGACGACAGCGGGAUCGUGCAGCUGCGGCCAAAAACAGGGGAAGACCUUAUUCGGGAAUGCAGCAACAACAACUAGCAGCCCAAUUGGCACAGCACGGCGGUGGUGGAAGACAGCCGCCUCUAAGUCCAACUCCUUCAGAUAGCGACUCAGACAUAUCUUUAGGGGCUCACUCACCUCCCAUCAGUUCUCCAGGUCCGAUACAAUUUGGAAGAACCUCACCGAACCCGAUAACCUCCUUCAGAUUUGGAGCUCAUUCUCCAGGUCCUAUGCCUGCCCAAUUUCGCUUUGGAGGAGCGCACACUCCCCCCACGUUUUCUCCAAAUUUCAGAAUCGAGAGGUCUAAAGAUAGAAAUUCGGCGUCUCCUAUUAACGUAGACAAUAAUUCCAGCUUUACAGCAGUCAAUUUGAGGUUAAGUUCCAACGAGAGUCCCAUCGAUGUGGACAGUACGGACAAGGAUGUCAGGAAGCUGGACUCUCCCCCGCAGACGACUAUCCAGCAUUCGCCGCCCAUGAAUCUACGAAUUGCGGAUAAUUUGAGGAUGCAGCACAACGAGGGUAAGAUAGAAACACCUUUGCCGUUGCGGUUGGGUCAUCAGCUGAACCCAGCGCAAAUGGGUACUCCUUUGAGAAUCCAAGUGACAUCUCCCGGUAGACUGGGCGCACCUUCGCCUCAUACCAAUCUUCAUGGAGCGUAUUCGCAUGGGGGAAUCGUCAGAAUCGCUCCACCGAGUCCUAACAAUAACGGCCAUAUUUUGCAUCGGCCGUUUUCACCGCCGAGGUUAACGUGAUACUCGACCGUGGAGUGGCACGGAUGUGAAUAGGUACUUUUCAAGUAAGACAUCACGGAAUGUAUGAUUAUCAAAAAUUAAGAGCAAUAUUUACGGUAAAUGGUUUAUGUAUGGAACAAUGCUUUUUUGUUUUUUUUUUGUUUUCGUGCAUCAUUUAUUUGCCAAGAAUGCAAUAUAGUCUAGGCGCCAGAGGGGUCACCGUGUCCUUUUUAAUUCUGAUGGACAAACUCAACAAAUAUUUUAUGGAUUUUUGGCUGCUGAUUACGAAUUUCGAUGGUGGAUUUCGA